AGGGAGGGAGGGGAGAGAGCAGAGGAGCAGCGGAGCCACCAGCCCCGGAGCCGAGGAACAAGGGCGAACAGCUUGUGUGUACGCAAUAACCAAACACGUCUUCUUCCUCUGAACCAACCUGGAGGGGUCUAUGUUGUCAGCAGAACCCGCCACCUCCGCGCUUUAACAUUACGCGUGUGGAUUAGUUGCGGACGCAACACGGAUCGGUCGGAACUAAAGCGAAACAAAACAAGAGUGGGGGUGAAAAAACAACGGGAAUAUACUACUACAACCGUGACAAUAAAACAACACUCCUCCAGUACAAGUGGACUUGGGUGACUCAAGGAGAGGACUGAAACAACGGGAAAACUUGAUAUGCUCCCGACUAGCCUCUCUCGGUAUUUAAGUUGAAGUGUUGUAAUACUAUUUUCGAGUGAACUUUAAACUCAGGAAACAAUGAAGACCUAGCAAAGCGAGAACUCAUCAAGUGUUUUGAGGACUGCUAGCAAUUCCGCUAGCUCGGCUAUCCGGUAGCUAGCGCCUGUGUGGCUAAAGCUAGCGCCCGCUAAAGGGGGAAAUAAGAGACGCUAGCGGAUUGGCUACUUGGGCUAGUAAGCUAAACGUGUUUUCAAGAAACUUUUGGUUUCGUGUUUUUGUCCCCCAGACGGGGAGGGUGCGCUGCAGCGUUUAAGAGGGGAAGGGCAGGUUCCCUUCUGGACUUUCUUUCCCUCCUCCCUCGCCACAUUUCGUGAACAUGAUGGCUGCGGAGGUCGGCAGCGAGGAGACGGGAUCAGUGUCAACAGGGACAGGGGUGGCAGGCAGCGGAGGGCCCGACACGGCCCAUUUCCCGUACUACUCUAAGUCCACCAGAGUGCGAGUCACUGAUCUGGGACCAGUAGUGGAGCCAGCCAUGCGCCAGAAUUCCAACACCUCUCCAGACUCUCCUCCCGAUAUGAGCAUAAUAUAUCCCGUUUCAAGGGGAGAAAUGUCCGCAACAGGGAGUGGUGGGCAUUCAAUUAUUCUUGGAACAAGCUCAGGAACCGUGGGCGGCAUGUGUUCUCCCACUUCGGAUGACCCAAGUUGCCGGAUGUCACCCACAUCUUCAUGCCCGGAUGGGCUGAAUCUCUUUCCCCCACUGCCACCCCCUCCUCCACCUCCUCCAGGCUGCGGGGUACUGGGAACGGUGGAUGAGAGUGACAUGCAAGAUGGACCAGAAUACGAGGAAGAGGAGGUGGUGUUCCCCCUGUCAGCGCCACCCACGAACCAGUGGUACCAUGGCAAGCUGGAUCGGACCAUCGCAGAGGAGCGGCUGCGCCAGGCCAAGACGCCCGGCAGCUACCUCAUCAGGGAGAGCGACCGCCGGCCCGGCUCCUUCGUCUUGUCCUUCCUCAGCAUGACGGGCGUGGUCAACCAUUUCAGGAUUAUUGCCAUGUGUGGGGACUACUACAUUGGAGGCCGGAGGUUCUCCUCCCUGUCUGACCUGAUUGGCUACUACAGCUAUGUGUCCUGUCUGCUGAAGGAGGAGAAGCUGCUGUCCCCAGUGGCGCCCCCAGAGCCUGUAGAAGACAGGCGACGAGUGAGGGCUAUACUUCCAUACACCAAAGUGCCAGAUACCGAUGAAAUCAGCUUCCUGAAAGGGGACAUGUUUAUCGUUCACAAUGAAUUGGACGACGGCUGGCUGUGGGUGACCAACGUCCGGACUGAGGAGCAGGGCCUCAUCGUGGAAGACCUGGUGGAGGAGGUGGGCCGUGAAGAGGAUCCACAUGAGGGCAAAGUCUGGUAUCACGGCAAGAUCAGCAAGCAGGAGGCCUACAACCUGCUGAUGACAGUGGGCCAGGUGUGCAGUUUCCUCGUCCGGCCCUCUGAUAACACGCCGGGUGACUACUCCCUGUUUUUUCGCACCAAUGAAAACAUCCAAAGGUUUAAAAUCUCCCCUACCCCCAACAAUCAGUACAUGAUGGGGGGUAGGUACUACUACAGUGUUGACGACAUCGUUGACCAUUACAAGAAAGAGCAAAUUGUUGAGGGCUACAACCUGAAUGAGGCAGUUUCAGUUCAGCAUCAAGAACAAGUCCUCUCUGACAUCGUGGACGGAAAGGAAAUCUACAACACCAUCAAACGGAAGACGAAAGAUGCCUUCUACAAGAACAUAGUCAAAAAAGGCUACCUCCUAUUCAACAAAGGUAAAGGCAAGCGGUGGAAGAACCUUUACUUCAUCCUGGAGGGGAACGACGCGCAGCUCAUCUACUUUGAGAGUGAGAAGAGAGCCACCAAACCCAAAGGGCUAAUCGACCUCAGCGUGUGCUCUGUUUACGGAGUGCAUGACAGUCUGUUUGGCAGGCCAAAUUGUUUCCAGGUUGUGGUCCAGCACUUUAGCGAGGAGCAGUACAUAUUUUACUUUGCAGGGGAAGCUCCAGAGCACGCACAGGACUGGAUGAAAUGCCUUCAAACCUUCUGCAGUAACCUAAGGAAACCCACACAGCAGACGAUCAACAAGAGACUGAGACAGGUGAGCAGUCUGGUCCUGUACGUGGAGGAGGCCCACAAGCUGCCCGUGAAGCACUUCAACCAGCCCUACUGUAACAUCUACCUGAACAGCGUGCAGGUGGCCAAGACACACCCCAGGGAGGGUCAGAACCCCGUCUUCACGGAGGAGUUCAUCUUCGAUGACUUGUCGUGCGAAAUCAACCGAUUCGAAAUCAGCCUGAGCAACAAGACAAAAAAGAGCAAAGAAAGUGACAUUUUGUUCAUGCGCUGCCAGCUGAACCGCCUGCAGAAGGGCCAGAUGAUCGACGAGUGGUUCCCGCUCAGCUCCCACGUCCCCCUGAAGGGCAUCGAGCCGGGGUCGCUGCGUGUCCGCGCCCGCUACUCCAUGGAGAAGAUCAUGCCAGAGGAGGAGUACAGCGAGUUCAAAGAGAUGAUACUCCACAAGGAGUUUCAUGUUAUCUACGACCUGGCCCAUGUGUGCGGCCAAGACCGCACCCUGCUGGCCAGCCUGCUGCUCCGGAUCUUCAGGCACGAGAAGACAGAGGCCCCCCUACUGAGGACACUCAACGACAGGGAGAUCAAUAUGGAGGACGAGGCGACCACGCUGUUCAGAGCGACCACGCUGGCCAGCACGCUGAUGGAGCAGUACAUGAAGGCCACCGCCACGCCCUUUGUCCACCACGCCCUCAAAGAAGCAAUCCUCAAGAUCAUGGAGAGCAAGCAGUCCUGCGAGCUAAACCCUUCCAAGCUGGACAAGAACGACGAUGUGAACCUGAACUUGGCGCACCUCCUCAACAUCCUAUCUGAACUGGUGGAGAAGAUCUUCAUGGCCGCCGAGAUCCUGCCACCGACGCUGCGGUACAUCUAUGGCUGCCUGCAGCAGUCAGUACAGCAGAAAUGGCCGGCCAACACCACCAUGAGGACCAGGGUCGUCAGUGGCUUUGUGUUCCUACGGCUGAUCUGCCCUGCCAUCCUCAACCCCAGAAUGUUCAACAUCAUCGCUGACCCUCCGUCCUCAAUAGCCGGCAGGACGCUGACUCUGGUGGCCAAGUCGGUCCAGAACCUGGCCAACCUGGUGGAGUUUGGUGCCAAGGAGCCCUACAUGGAAGGAGUGAACCCCUUCAUUAAGAACAACAAACAUAGGAUGAUCAUGUUUCUGGACGAAUUGGGGAACGUUCCAGACCUCCCCGAGACGACUGAGCACUUUAGGACAGACCUGUCCCGGGACCUAGCGGCACUGCACGAGCUCUGCGCCGCCCACUCAGACGAACUGCGCAUCCGGAGCAACCAGCGGGGAGCUCAGCAGCACGUGUUGAAAAAGCUGCUGGCCAUCACAGAGCUCCUGCAGCAGAGGCAGGAUCACUAUGCCAUGUCCAAUAGCAACAGGUAGUACUGCCCUCCUCGCCUCCUCCUUCCAUCCCUCCGCCAACCCGGCUCUCCCACCGGAAGGGGACACACAUGGAGAGAGAGAGAGAGAGAGAGAAAGGGGGGGACCUAGCAUGCUCAACCCUUCAUCACCAUGGCAAACCCUCCUCUUCCUCCACCACCCUCCUCCUCCUCCUCCUCCUCCUCCUCCAUCUCCUCCUCCAAUAGCCACCGCCCAUCCUCAACUGCCUGCCAUCUCGUCCCCAUCCCCUCUCCUCAAAAAUAAGAGCUAUGCAACAACAGCGGCCAAAUGCAACAACCAACACAGUAGCUGUAAACAAAAACUAAACACUCGCACCAGUGACUCUUGACUGCUGUAUGCACAUGGGGAGGGCGUUUUUGUUGCUUGUGUUCCUUGCUAAAUAAGCUGUGUUCUGUGGUUUGAUGACUCGGGUACACGUGAUUCCCAUCACUACAAGGGCCAACGGUUAGGAGGAAAGCAAGCGUCUGUUGUGCCAACAAUGUUUUGUUUUGAUAGCACAGGUUGCCAAAGUGUCCCCCCCUCCCCGUUGAGGAUAGUUGACUGACGCUAAGAAGCUACUUCUCCUCUUUACUUAUAACUGGAUUAUGAGCGAUUAUGCUUUUUAUACUGUAAUUAGUGACCAAUUUAUUUGUCUGUUGUGACAGUAUCUGCUCAAGUGCUGAAGCUAGCCUCGGUCCUUUUUGUUCUCUUUGCCUAUUCAUGUUUUUUGUUUUUUUUUAGAUUUGGAGAAAUCUUUCAGAAAGCGGUUAUUUUAUAUUAAGAAUAAAUUCUCUUGCUGGAAUCAUGAGUAUAUAAAUGA